AUGACCCGCCCCACUGUCCAGAAGCAACCCACCACCAACCCUGCGUCCCACCGAGAGUAUGGACGUGGGCCAGGCCAUUGCGAGCGUGCUGUCGAAGACGGGCAGGACAACCUUCCUACAGAUUGGACCUGUCUGCUCUGCAAAAGCUCUUCCAGGACCAUGUGCUGCCGGUGCCCCUCUGGAGCUGGACGUACUCUACAAGCUGUCCCACAGACAGGGAGCAGGAGGAGGGGAAAAAGACGCCGACGCCGUACUAGGGGAACAGGAGGAGGAGGAGGAGGAGGAGGAGGAGGAGGAGAGAGGAGGAAGAGGGGCUCCUUCAGACAGACCCAGAGAACCAAAAGUGGCAGAUUGAGACGAUGUCGGCCCGGCGCCUCGCCAAUUCUCUGCCCCGCACCGGACGCAGACUUCACCCCCGUGGCCUCAGACAACACCAAAGCUCUCCUGAGGGAGGUCGGCAAUCACAGAGACUUUGGCCAAUUCCUUCAUGCCGACUUUCACUGGACCGCACCCUGCACCAGCCUCGCCAAUCCCCACUGCGUCCGGUAUACGUUUGAUGUCGACGGCGUCAUGAUCCAGUUGCGUCACACGAGGGGCAUGGUUGCAGAGAUCUAUUUGAACCUGUCCCGUGUGGUUGCCACGCUGCAGCCCAGAAGGCGUGGCGGCACUUAGAAAUUGCCUGGGCCACAAAAUAUCAAACGUUGAAGGCGGCUACGUCCUGACGCUCUACGCCGUCCCCAGCAGCCUGACAGAGCCGGACUUCAGCCUGAAAAAUCCAAGCUUGUAUGGCACACUUGCGGCCGAACUGCUAAAUGAGGUAACUGAGAGUUUUUCCGACCCUUCAACCACCUGCCAGAGAAGGACAUGACCCGCCCCACUGUCCAGAAGCAACCCACCACCAACCCUGCGUCCCACCGAGAGUAUGGACGUGGGCCAGGCCAUUGCGAGCGUGCUGUCGAAGACGGGCAGGACAACCUUCCUACAGAUGUACGCCCAUCCAUUGCAACCAUCCUUUCAAACAUCAGGGCAGUGCAGUGCUGGUCACUUGCGGCUUGAGCCACCCAGACUCCAAGGCUUCCCUUACCAGCAGGGCGCUCUCUUACCUGGUGCAUGUCCGGGACUUGACGCUUUGCCCCUAUGACUUUGACCCGA